UCACUCAGUCAGCUGAGCGAUCGUUUAAAUGAUAUAAAGCAGAGAAUAUUUUCUGGUGCAUCUGUCACAAGAAUAUCCUUCUGAUUUUUUUUAUUUUGUAUUAAUAAUACAAAAUGAAUAAUAGUAUAAAUAUUAUGAGUGAAUUAAGUAUGAAUGAUUUAAAUAGUAAAUUUUUCGAGAUAAUGCAAAAUGAAACUAAUGCCGAGGAUGCAGCUAACUUUAUUUACGAGAGUGUUUGUGACGAUGUAACUUUAGGGGUGCUUUUUGAAUUUCAUCACGGAUUAAAAACAGGACUUACGGACCUGCUGGAAGGGGAAAAGGAGGAAGAGGAAGGAUAUAAAAUAGUUAAUUCCCCAGAAUGCGACGUUUUCGGGUUUUCGAUAUUGAAAAAGACCCCGGACUCGAAUUGUUCGUGUCCAAACUGCGACAGGCCCGUUUCGGCUACGAGAUUCGCUCCACAUCUAGAAAAAUGCAUGGGUAUGGGCCGAAACAGUUCACGUAUAGCGUCGCGACGCAUUGCGUCUAACAGUCGAGAGCCCACCUCCUACGCAGGGCUGCUCAGUGAUGAUGAAGAUGAUGCAGAUUGGUCCGGUGGCUCUUUGCAAAGUGACCGUAGAAAGCGCAGGAUGAAAAACAAUCACAAUAAACGAUCAAGCAAAAGUCAUAAGGGUCAUAGGAAUAAUAACGGCCAUCACAAUUCAGACUCAAACGACGGGGGAGCUACAUAUGAAACGAUGUCAGCCAAUGAAAAGAAGAACCUUCUGCUGCAAAUCUGUGGAGUUGUGUCCGAACAUACUAAGAAAUUAUGUACCAGGUCAACACGAUGUCCCCAACAUACAGAGGAACAGCGUCGAGCUUUAAGAAACAGCGUGCUAGAACCUUCCACCCCAGAGUCGCAGACAAUGGGCCUCACAGCUGACGAAGCAGGAUCUCCACCAGAUUCCAGCCCUUCGUCAUCCUGCUCAUCCUCUAGUCGCAAACGGGACAGGCAUCGCGCUCCACCGAAAAUGAAGAAUAAAAGAGAUAGGAAUAUGUCCCCAAAUGGUAGGGAUUGAAUGGCUAAAUUAAUUUCGUAGAACUUUUAAAUACAUAAAUAUCCACUACUUAGGAAAUCUCUAAACCACAUCAAAGAGAU